GAGGAGGAGGCUCCUCUUUGUUAAUCUUUGUUAACUAUUGUGCAUGUUAUGGACUGGAGCACUUGUUGCACCCUAACAGGAACUGAGAAGUGAGCACCCACACAGGAAAUGUGGUCAAGGUCUGUCCCGGAUGUUGGUUGCAUGACAUGAAUAGAAUAAUUAAGAUAGACAGAGAAGUAUAGAAGUAAAAAGCACGACAGAGAGGGAAAGAUAGAUGAAAGUGAGAUCAAAUCAGAGAUUAAAGUAGGAAGAAGAGGACAGGAUAUAAGGGUUUACAUUUUAACUGUUAUCAACUGUACAAACACAGAUGAUAAUUUGUUGUUAAAGUUAUAUCGCUGUUGCAUGCAGUUCAAAUUUGUGCAGUUCGUGGUUUUAUCCUUUGUCCAGAGUGCAGCGUGGUGCUAAAAUGAUAAAAACAGGACGCAGGCAGUUAAACUGCUCAACAGAAACAGCCCCUCAACCCCACCCUCUGCCUCUUUCUUAAUCCACACCAUUCACCUCUGUCUCUUUUUCUCUCUAUCUCUCCUGCUCACUUGCUGGGCUGGUUUUCUGUGUCUGUGGUCAGGAAGUACAAGUGUGACAUUUCACUAAAAGUCUAUUGCACUGCAGAAAAACCUUCUCCAGAUUGGAUUUGACAUACAAGUGAUCUUUGAAUGGCCCCAGUAACAUGCGGCAGGAUUUCACAUUCAUGGGACCUUACAAAAGGAUCAUCAUUCAUACGGCAGGGGAGGACAUUCAAUAGCUAGACAGCAUCUUUUACUAAAACCCACAAACGCCCCAACAACAGAACUGAUAGAGAUUCAUGCUGCUAAUGGAGGAGGAAAACCUUUGCACCUCUUUGCCAGAUGUUAUAGAUCCAGUCCUUCAGCAGCCUCAACAAGACUCAUGGACCUCUAUCAACCACGAGUACAUCAAUGGAGAGCAGGAGAGCAUUGAACUAGGCGUCACAGAGCUACAGAUAAACCAAGAACACGAUACAGAUCAUCUCAAUCCCUCCCCAAAGACAGGACGUGAGACUCCUGAGGAGGCGGAACAAUGGGAGCAGGUAAUAUGGCCGGUUGGCCCCAUGACCUGUACAAGUCCUAAGCUGUCCUUUGCCACAGUGCAGUGGGACAUGCCCGAUCCCUCUACAGAGACGCUUUCAGUCAUGACUGACAGCAGCUCGACCAGUGAGGCGGACUCUGCCGCUGUGACGAGUCUAGACACCACUUCCCCGCCACUUCACCAAUUUCAAGACAUUAAUGCUGUGGUUUACAUGAGGGAGGGCAAAGGGGAAGAAGAUGGGUUUGAUUCAUGGCUUCUGAACUCUUUGGAGUGGACAGGAACUAGCUCAGAGCCAUGUGAUGCUGCAGAUGUGCAAGAGCCGCCGACACAGGAAAGGGAAGAUUCAACACAUGAACUGUUAGACUGUAAUAACGAAAUUGCACUGAGGACGGACUCAGACGAAGAGGAGGGACUCUUAGGAACCUCAUAUCCAGAAACUGCAAACUUAAUCGAUAUUCUUGAAGAGAAUGAAGUCUCAGAAGAUGAAGCGGACAGUUUUGUAGAUCUAAAAUUAGAAGAGGAACAGGAGGAGCCCAGCGUUCUUCUGACUGGACAGGGAGAAUCAGAGGAAGAGCAAACUUCAUCGAAUGUUGUUGAGAAAGAGGAAGAAGGCGAGGGAGAAGAGGAGCAGAUAAAAGUGCCCUGCGCUGAAGAGAGUGAAGAGACAAAAGCUGUCAGUUGUCUGAGUGCUGUGGAGCUUCCUUCAGGGCCAGUACAAGCUGACGAUACUGGACCAACCAUAAACCCAGAUAAUCUAAUUAAUCUGCAGCAUUUAGGGACUGGAGAGGACGUAGAGAUUGUAGAACGGUUAUAUGAAGAUCCCACAUUUCAGACUGAAGAGCCAGAAAUGUGUGAAGAUGUAGAUCAGAACGGGGACUCUGAACAGUCAGAGGCUGCGGACGACAGCGAAGAACCGUCGAUACAGGCGGCAGACAAUGUAGAGAGAAUAGAAAACUUACCAGAGAUAGUAGAGCUGACUGAAGAAACAAGUUGUUUUGAGCAACGAGAUAGUGACCAAACGUCUCAGGACAUAGAGGACGAAGACGUACAGCCCGAACACGCUGAGUCAGAGCAGCUUGUGAUGGCCAAAGAGCCAGAGCAGAUCCGAGCGGAGGUGAUACAAGACUCUGAGCAGUCAGGACUGUCGCAACGUCUGGAACAGUCACCAGAGAUGGAAGUGACAGAAGAGUCAACUCAGCUUGAAAAUGCAGACCUGCCAGAGGACUCCACUCAGUCGGAGCAGACAGUUUGUGUUGAAGCUGAAGACCCCGGAGUGGCAGAGCAGCAAGAACAGACGGAGCCUUUCGAGCAAAAUGAGCAGACGCCGCAGACGACCGACUUGUCUCAGCCAACGCUCUCUGAGCAGCUUGUGCAACCAGAGACAGACGAGUCAGAAAUAACAGAGCAUCUGUCUCCCGAGUCUGAGGUCACACAGCAGACAGCAGAGGCCGAGUUCACUGAGGUGGACAAACAAGCUGGGACGUCACAUCAGGGUGAAGAAGUAGGAGGUGCUGAAGAUAGAUCCAGGCAAACAGUUGUUGCAAAUGGAGAGCAAACCAAAUCCCCUGAGACUGCAGUGCCUCCUAUUAAUGGAGAAGAGGUGAACAGAAAGAUGGCCUGCCGCCUUGCUGAACGGCUGUUUAAGUUGGAUGGGAUCCAACGUGUGGACGUGGUGAAGCACAUAGACAAAGAUAAUGACUUCAGUCGUGCUGUCGGGGAGGAAUACCUCAAACUCUUUGACUUCACCGGGGAAAGUCUCGAUCAUGCCUUGAGAUCUUUUUUGAAAGUUGUGCUACUGAUAGGAGAGACCCAAGAGAGAGAGCGAGUGCUGCAGCAUUUUGCCUGCCGCUUCCAUCAGUGCAACCCUGAGUGCUUUACCUCUUCAGAGCCCGUGUUGGCUCUCACAUGUGCUUUGAUGCUUCUCAACACUGACUUGCAUGGACAGAAUGUAGGAAAAGCCAUGUCCUUGUCUAAAUUUGUGUCCAACCUCAAUGGGAUGAAUGAAGAAGACAAUUUUAACAAGGAUCUCCUAAAGAGUCUUUACAAUUCCAUUAAGAGUGAGCCGCUGGAGUGGGCUGUUGAUGAGGAGGAGUUGAAGAACUCUGUGUUGGUGGACGAAGAUGCAAAAGAAGAUGCGCCGCUGCGUUCAAGAGCCAACCCCUUCCAGGAUGUUCCUCAUGAUAAAACGGCCCCUGUGGUCAAACAGGGAUUCCUCCAGAGAAAGCUGCAUGCCGACAUUGACGGCAAACGCACUCCGUGGGGGAAGAGAAGCUGGAAGACUUUCUACGGAGUGCUGAGGGGAAUGGUCCUUUACUUACAGAAGGAUGAUUACAGGAGGGAUCAGCCAACUAACGAGGAGGUGGUGAGUGUGCACCAUUCUCUGGCCGAUCAGGCAGCCGACUACACCAAGAAGCCACACGUCUUCCGUUUGCAGACGGCCGACUGGAGGGUUUUCCUCUUUCAGGCCUCAUCCAAAGUGGAGAUGUAUUCAUGGAUCAGUCGCAUCAACCUGGUUUCGGCUCUUCACUCCUCGCCUCCGUUCCCCGCCGCCGUCGGCUCUCAGAGGAGGUUCUUCAGACCGAUCCUCCCCUCCUCACAGUCUGCUCAAACUCUGGAACACCAGCUGCAGUCUCAUGCAAGAAUGCUGGAGUCCUUUGAGGCAGACUUGUCUUACCUCCAGCAAAACCUGCCAGAGGGCAAAAAAGCCAAGGCCAAGGAGCUGGAGGAGCAUCGCGUUAAAGCGGAGUACCUGCACCACGAGAUGUGUCGCUAUAAGAUCUACAUCGAGGGGCUGGAGGCCUGGAAGAGAGUGAAGAAGACAGGUAGGUUGAGCAUCGCAGACCUGAACCUGUUUGAUAAAGCAGUGUGUGCAGACUCUGUGGGGAAGGAAGAGGAGGAUGAAGGUGGGCUGAAAAAGUCCCACUCCAGCCCUUCUUUGGACCUGGAGAUGGCUCCUUCGACUGUGAUAAAAGUCAGACGCAACAUUUCAGAAAGACGGACUUAUCGCAGGACCAUCAUUCCUCAAUGGGUUAAAGAGGCCUGAAUGGUAUAUUGUGACCAGUUAAAAAAGUGGGUUUAUACAUUUCUGCUGCAAGCUGACAGGACUCUAGUCUUUUUGUUUGUGGGAGCACUGAGCAGUGGAGCAGAGAAACAGAAGGGUGAUCUUUCUGCAUUUUUAUCUUGUGCAGUUUUACAAAAUAAACCUCAGGGUAUCCCAAACCCUCAAUGUCUCUCAGAAUAGAACGCGGAAACCUGAUUUGUUGAGUGACUCAAACUAUCUGGACAUAAUUUAUUUAGUUUUGUGUUUUAUGGUACAAAUUUGCUUUCAUUUGUUAGUUUUACUUUCAAAAUGUAAACCACUAGAGGGUGCUGUAGUACAACACAACUCUGAGUGAAAGGAGGUGGACAGAUUGUAUGUUUUUUUUUAAGAAACCUAGUUGCACAUUUAUUUUUGUUUUUAAUAUUGUGUAUAAUAUUUUGAUGCCAUUGUUGUAUAUUGUUUUCAAAUGAAGGGGUUAUUUC